AAAAAAUCAAACAAGUGUUUUUUAAUUUUGAUCAAAGAUGGCACAAUACGGCAACCAAGACCAAAUGCGCAAGACUGAUGAAUAUGAAAACCAUGUCCAAGAAACUGCAGGAGCCUAUGGAACUCAUCAAGAUACCGGUAUGGGAGGCAUGCAGGCUGGUACUGGUGGUAUGAUGGGGGGCAUGGGUACUGGUGGAGAAUAUGGAACUCAAGGUACCGGUACCGGUAUGGGUAUGGGUACUGGUGGAACUCAAGGCAUGGCCCAUCACCAUGAGGGGCAACAGCAGCUUCGUCGAUCCGACAGCUCUAGCUCGUCGGAGGAUGAUGGAGAAGGUGGGAGGAGAAAGAAGGGGAUGAAGGAGAAGAUAAUGGAGAAGAUGCCAGGAGGAGGACAUGGCAAGCAGGAAGGUGAGUAUGGCGCUCAACAUGGACAAACAACAGGUUAUGGUACUACUCAAGAGAAGAAAGGAAUGAUGGACAAAAUCAAGGACAAGAUCCCUGGGAUGCAUUGAGAAUACACCUUUGUUUUCAUUUCCAUCUUAUAAAUCAUGAAUAAGUAUUAGUGCUUGAUUUUAUUUCAUGCACUAAUUAGUAGUAAUCGUCAUGUGAGUUAUCUAAUUACGUACGUUGUGUGUUUAAAGUCGUGUAAGGGCAGUGUGCUCACGCUAUAUAUAUGUGUGUAUUGGCGGCCAUGCCCUGCCCCUUCUGUAUUUUUAAAGAAGAAUAUUGCUUCUAUAUGCUUGGAAAGCAAUGAUCGAUGUCCAUAUGCAUCAUGUUAAUGUGUGCAUGUGAUGUCCUGUACGUGUUUAAUAAUAUGAUAAUGUAGUUUGAGUUUAA